AUGUGUGACCAGCAGAAGCAGGCACAGUUCCCUCCAUCUUGCGUGAAAGGUUCAGGAACAGGAGGUGCUCAAACUGUCAAGUGCACGUCUGUGAAAUGCCCGGCUCCAUGUGAGACCCAAACUGUUGUGAAGUGCCCUCCUCCAUGCCCGACUCAGACCUACGUGAAAUGCCCAGCUCCCUGCCAGCCUCAAACCUGUGUGAAGUAUGUAACACCUUGCCAGACGUAUGUGAAGUGCCCAGCUCCGUGCCAGACGACCUAUGUGAAGUGCCCAGCUCCGUGCCAGACAACUUAUGUGAAAUGCCCAGCUCCGUGCCAGACGACAUAUGUGAAGUGCCCAGCUCCAUGCCAGACGACCUACGUGAAGUGCCCAGUGCCCUGCCAGACUCAGACAUGCUAUGUCCAGACUCCUUGCCAGACCUACUAUGUGCAAGCUCCUGGCAGUGGCUCUGUCUCCACGGGUGGAUAUGCGUCUAGUGGCUGCACCCCGGAUCCCUGCUCUGCUCCUUGCUCCACCAGCUACUGCUGCCUGGCUCCGAGGACCUUUGGGGUGAGUCCCCUGAGACGCUGGGUCCAACGACCUCAGGGCUGCAGUUCAGGAUCAUCAGGCUGCUGUGCUUCUUCUGGAUGCUGCAGUUCCGGCGGCUGUGGUUCCGGCGGCUGUGGCUCUGGCGGCUGUGGCUCUGGGUGUUGCAGCUCCGGUUCCUGUGGCUCUGGAUGCUGUUGUCUGGGAAUUAUUCCCAUGAGAUCCAGAGGUCCUGCAUGCUGUGAUCGCGGGGAUGACUGUUGCUGUUAA